CAAACCAACAUACACACUAAUACUAUACAUACUAUCUUCUUCUCAAACUCCUCUUUACUAUACAACUUCAUCUAAUUAAUAAGCAUUAUGGGGGUUUUCACAUAUGAGAAUGACACCACUUCUACCGUUGCACCUGCUAAGUUAUUCAAAGCUGUGGUUCAUGAUGCUGAUGUCAUCGUUCCUAAGGUUGUUGAUUCAAUCAAGACUGUUGAAAUCGUUGAAGGAAAUGGUGGCCCUGGAACUGUCAAGAAGAUCACUUUCGUCGAAGGAGGACAAACCUUGUAUGUGUUGCACAAAGUUGAAGCCAUUGAUGAUGCAAAGUUUGAAUAUAAUUACAGUAUAGUUGGAGGUUUCGGUAUAUCGGACAUAGUUGAGAAGAUAUCAUUUGAGGCCAAAUUGGUUGAAGGUCCAAAUGGAGGAUCUGUGGGGAAGGUGAUUGUUAAAUAUCACACCAAAGGAGAUGCUAAGCCCAUUGAAAAGGAGGUUGAGGAAGGCAAAGCUAAGAGUGACGCCCUUUUCAAAGCUAUUGAAGGUUACGUUUUGGCCAAUCCUAAUUACAACUGAUGAUGCUAUCACUGUCCAUGCUGCCUUUGUUGCUGUCUUCUUAAUACAUAUUAUCUUCCAAUGUAAUAAUAAAGUGUUCGAUCUCUUGUUCUCAAUUCCUUUUGCGUGUCAACUGUGAGGCUUGGUAUCUUUGUAUCUUAGUUUAUCAGUAACUUAUAAUACAAAUGAAAGCAUAUCUAUAAUACUUUUGUUGUUAAAUUUAGUAACCAAAAAAAGUUUAUGAUCUUUAGUUCAUCAUUUAAAAAGUAA